AUGUCUUCGCGCUAUUCAUCUCCAAACUAUACCGAGGACGAGGCAACCUUUGAAACUGAUAAAAGGGAGCAGAUUGACAAGAACUUACCCGAGAUCAAGCUGGUGACGCUUAGGGAGUGGCUGGCAAUUUGGCUUCGCUUGGACCGUGAGUCAACGCCUGAGCUCCGAGAUGCGUUUGGCUUGUGUAGCCAUUUCUAUGAUCCAGAGUCAAGGAGGCUGCGACGCGCUCAAAUUACCUUCAACGAUUGCCGCCCGCUGAAUAACCAAACUGUCCAUCAACUUGCGGAUGUUGACUCAAUGAUUGGCGUCGUUCCAAGAAACAUGCCUUUGAUUCCUGUACCCACUCUCAAGACUGUCAAGUAUUACAUGAUGAGAAGCAAAUCGUAUACUCUUACCUCUGACCUCCAUAUUGGGCCAGUCAAAGUAUUGAUGGAUGACCGUACUUUAGACAUGCAUAUACACAAAGUGCCCAACAUUCGAUUCUUGGAUUUGGGAGAUAAUGGAAUGUUCCGCUUGCACUUCCCGCUUUUGGGAUCAACCGGUAACAACAUGUACCUGGGUGACUCCCAAAUGGCUCAGCUCUACGACUUGGCGUUUCAUCCAGCAGCUCUUCAAACCCUCCCGGAGGAUUUAGUACGAGAAUGGCCUGGCACCUAUGAGGACGAGAAGUUCAGAAGUCAAAGCCACAAGUCCAAGCAAAAAGAGUAUCAAAACCAGCAAGGCGAGAGUCAAGACAUGCGUGGAGGCGUGGCGCAGCAAACUGGUCGAGACAUUCAUGUCGAGUACAUUCAGGAUUGGUUGGAUUGCGCCAGAGCCAUGAUCCAGGAGACUGAGAAGCUGCGCUGGGCCAGGUACUUUUUCUUGUCCUACAAGCUCAGAGGAGUGAAGAAUCGGGAGUGCAGCGUUCAUCCCCCUCCAGAGGUCCCCCCCGUGACUGUGCUUAAUGAGCCUACGGGUGAUGAUGAAGAUGUUGAAAUUGAGGUUGAUCAAGAAAGCCCAAGGGUGAAAGCUGUUGAAGGUAUACUCAGCCAUUUCAAUACCACUCUAUUUGAGCCUGGUAUGUGGUUCAUCGACAUUGCCACCCGGAUCACCAUCUCGCCAAAUCCGGACGAUCCAUCGGAGUGUACCUUUGCGGAUGCGGAUAUGCACUCCCUUCUAUUUCAACACUAUACCGGCUUAGCAUUUGAAAGCUGUGAAGAGCUCGUUAGCGGUCAAGGAAAUCAUUACCAGAAGGACGAGCUAGCAGGAGACACCGGUAUCACUUAUGCACAAAUCUACACCACCGACAAAAGCAAUACCUACAACAUUGCGCUAGCUCAGAACGCACAGCGAACCAGCGCCAUCCGAAUGCUUGAGUCAUGGGAUCAAGAGCUCAGCACGCAUAUCAACGGGUUGAUGUCUAGCUUUGAGAACUCGGCUUGCAACCAUGGUGUAGCCUUACGUAUUGAGACUCGUGUAGAGUAUGAGAGCUAUCCCACCUGUCAUUUGAGAAUACCGGAUGAGCUGCUCCGGAGGUGUGUCUAUGUUUUAGACCGUGAUGUGUUCUGGCACUGGAAACGUUGCCGGCUUGCGUCCAUGAAAAGCGUUAUGUGCCAAUGGAUGGACGCUCGGCGUACGUUUACCCUCAACCGGCUUGCCGUGGCUGGGACAUUGCUCAUCAUCAUGGAAUACAUGAUGAAUGCACUGGUGAACCGUCCAGCCUCUGGGGGGACUUGGGACCAGGUUCAUGAUGCAGCCUGCGUUAAAGAAAUGAGGGGGAACGAAUUGGUUCCCACGCGCAAGCUGGGCGCCCUGUUUCUCCCCAAGAUUCAUUUUGAGAAAAACAAACAGCCGCGUGUUUCUAGGCAGCGAGUCCUCGACCAGGCAACCAUUCUCUACUUACUUGGGCCUCAAGGUCAAUCGUUGAGCAGUAUCAUGGCUUUCAACAAGAUUGUGGGAGUGAAUCUCCGAAAGCGACCGCGCGAUGAAGACCCUCGCCCUUGGGAAAGCGGCGCGCAGAAUUCAAGCGCGGCUCCAAUAUCAAACAAGCAGAGACUAGUUACGAUCCGGAGUACCCAUGACACAGCGAACCCGCUUGCUGGUCCCGAUUAUGCUCAAGAUCAGGAUACGUACUCAUCAGAAGAAGAAGAUCAGGCAGAGCAAGAGAGCGCUUCACCGUUCAAGAAUAUGCUUUGGGACAUUAUCAGCAAUUAUCCAAUCCAGAUCAUGAACAAGGCUCCUAACCGCUCACAAGCGCGUGAGUCUUGGUGCCGACUUGGCAGCGACGAGCUUGCUGGAGUAACGCAUGACUUCUUCACCAGCAUGGAGAAUCUCACAAGAGCGUUUGAAUCGUACUACUUGUUUCCUGCUGAUCUCAGCAAGUGGGAUGCCACCGUGGCUCAUCUCUUUCCGCUCAUUCAAGGCAGCACCGGGAACCUUGAAAGGCGACAGGGUGUUUCGAAUUUGGGAGUGGUGGUUGAGUUUUGCACCAUGCAGCUAGCCCUUCCUGAGUCAAGUCGAGCGCAGAUGGUUCAAGACGCUAGACAAUAUGUCUCAGCACACUGGGCUUGGUUACCCAUAGGCACAGGCAAGAACCACUUGUGGUCAACCGGGGUCAGCAACGUGCCUAAAUCUGCGCAACAAGUAGGACCAUUGAAAGGAGGGCCUUGGAUGAUUCGCAACCCUAGGUUAAUUCGCGCUGGUGAUCACUAA